AUGAGCUACGCUCCAAUCGUGGCCUCAUGCCCCCUUGGGGACGCUACUGAACAAGCCACACUUGGUGACCAACAUAUCAGCGCUCUAAUCUACUCGCAUAUCGUUGUGGUGUUAAUCGUUGGGUAUACAAAUAACUCGGCUUGUUUGGGGAAUCAAUUCUAUUUGCUUUUUUAUCCGAACUUGAGCUCCUUGUUGGAGAUGGCAGAUUACUUGGCUUUCUCUAUGGCAGCUUUCACAAACACAAUCAUUUUGCAAGGCAUAGGGUAUCAUCCUUUGGUUAUCAAACAAAAUCAAAAAGAAAUAAUCCACCAAAAGAGCCAGGUGCCGGCCUAUACGGUACAGAGUAGCUCUAAUAACCUACUGAGGGUUAUGUGCGGGGUCGCACAUGACUAG